AUGGCUUCCGCUUGCAAAUUUGUUCUCGUUGUUGUGGCCAUGCUUGUUGGCCUCAUUGCAUUUGUGAGUGGAGAUGCAGCACUAAUAAACAACGUGUGCCGCAAAACUGGAGACCCCGUGUAUUGCCACAAGUGCUACAACAUGUACAGCCGAAGCUCCCAUGAGGACGUCAAAGCCCUCGGCCGAACAUCCCUCGAUUGUGCUAGCCUCGAGUCAAUAACUGUGAUGGGUCUCGUGGAUAAAUUUGUGGUCAAUGCCACAGACAAGGCCGUGAAGAAUUCGUACAUUGAUUGUGCGUUGAAGCUUCGUUCCGGGGAUGACCAGAUAACGGGUGCACUCAAGAGCUUUUAG